AUGUGGGUUUGGGCCACGACAGUGCACAGUGAAGGAAUAAUGAACGUGAUUAAUUUACGACUUUGCCACUGUUCCCAUUUCGUCCUCUCACCAAAACCAAACCCAAAGGCCUCGUUCUUCGUUCCUUCAUCGCUAACUCUGAGAAACCGAACAACCCCUUCUUCCAUUUCCUGCAAAAAACGUUUUUUUUCUCCGAUUCGAGCGUCUAUGGCUUCUUCCACUGCCACACACACGGAAACGAAGCCAUUUUCCGUGCUCUUCGUGUGUCUGGGCAACAUUUGCAGGAGCCCAGCUGCUGAAGGAGUCUUCACAGACUUAGUCAACAAAAGGGGUCUCAAUUCCAACUUCAAAAUCGAUUCUGCUGGCACCAUUAAUUACCACGAGGGAAAUGAAGCAGACCCAAGAAUGAGGGCAGCCUCAAAGAGGCGUGGGAUUCAGAUAACUUCUAUUUCAAGGCCAAUCACGCCUUCUGAUUUCGUUGACUUUGAUCUCAUUCUUGCUAUGGACAAAAAAAACAGAGUGGACAUAUUGGAGGCCUUCAAUAGAUGGAAAGGUAGACAUACCUUGCCAGAUGAUGCACAUAAAAAGGUUAAAUUGAUGUGUUCGUAUUGUAAGAAGCAUGAUGAAACUGAAGUCCCAGAUCCUUAUUACGGUGGACCACAGGGGUUUGAGAAGGUGUUGGAUUUGCUUGAAGAUGCUUGCGAAUCAUUGUUGGAAAACAUUUUGGCAGAAAAUAAACAUUUACGAGGAUCUUAAUACCUUUUUUUAAGGCAUUAUUUGUUCCGUAGAUGUCAAAGUACCUUGCUUCUGUGGUUCGACAUCCUAAAUCCACAAUUUGAAUAUAUUGGAAACUUCUUUUGCCAAACUUGUCCAACGGACUAUCUUGUAGUAAACAUUGAAAAUUUAUUUGUCCAAUGGAUUAUCCUAAAUCCACUCUCGUUGU